AUGAGUACCAGGUUAAACAAGCUGAUGAUGGAGUUUCAGGACCAUUUGCGGCACAGCAAGCGUAUAGUGGCGCUUGUGGGAGCCGGACUAUCGGCUUCUCUGGGACUUCCGACGUUUCGAGGUUCGCAAGGUCUAUGGAAGAAUUUCAACAUGAUUGAUCUUGCAACCCCAGAUGCGUUUUACAUUGAUCCUGGGUUGGUAUGGCAAUUCUACCUGUACCGACGGCACGCGGCCCUCAAAGCCCAUCCCAAUUCCGGUCACUUGGCGUUAGCACGGCUCUCGCAGGUUCCUUCGGUGGAGUUUGUUACAAUCACUCAGAACGUCGAUGGGCUUCUGAUACGAGCAGGAACCCCACGACAUAAACUCCACGAAAUCCACGGACUGUUAUUCGAUCUACGGUGCACCAGCUUCGGUUGUAACUACGUAGACCACGACAACUUUGUCGACCCGUUGACGCCGGCGUUGGGGGGAACAGAGGAAGAAUUUGAUCGUAGUGGUCGCAAGCGGCUGAUGCAUGGAGAUGAAGACACGGACGGGGCCAGCGUGUCGCCCGAAUUCACGCCAGUGAAGCAGCUCGACGACAGCGAGCUCCCACGGUGCCCCGCCUGUGGUGACUUGCUCCGGCCAGGGGUGGUGUGGUUUGGAGAGAGUCUAUCACUCCAGCUCUUGAACCGCAUCGAUGGGUUUAUUGAACAAGGACCUAUUGACUUGAUGUUGGUGGUCGGCACCAGUGGCACCGUGUAUCCGGCCAACGGGUACGUGGACAGAGUGCGGUAUAAGGGUGGGAAGGUGGCUAUCUUUAAUACAGAUAUUGAGGAUUCGGUGGUGGAUGGACAGCAAGAAGGUGUAUGGGGGUUUCGAGGAGAUGCUGCUGAAACGUUGCCACAGGCGUUGGAUCCGUUGAUAAGCCAAGUGUGUCCGUGA